GUGCAUCUUUGUACUUUGGAAUUUCAGUGAUGGAGAAGUCUUGCGAGUGCAAAGUUCCAGCAGCAAUUCUGGCAAUUGGCACAGCCAACCCUUCGAACUGUGUCAAUCAGGAAGACUAUCCUGACUUUUUGUUUCGCGUCACCAACACUCAGCAUUUGACCAAUGUGAAGAAGAAGUUUGUCCGCAUUUGUGAGAAAUCUGCAAUAAAGAAGCGGUAUUUUCACUUGAACGAAGAAAUUCUCAAGCAAAAUCCAGCUUUAUGCUCUAAUGGCGCCGAAUCACUAAACCGACGUCAGGAUUUGACGAUUGAUAUGAUCCCGAAGCUCGGCAUGGAAGCCGCCACAAAGGCCAUCGAAGAAUGGGGCCAACCGAAAUCGAUGAUCACCCACCUUGUCUUCUGUUCCUUUUCCGGCGUGGACAUGCCGGGUGCAGACCUAAAACUCCUCAAAAUCCUCGGCCUCCGACCUUCAGUCAACCGGGUCAUGUUCUAUAGCCUUGGCUGCUAUGCCGGAGGAACCAUCCUCCGAAUAGCGAAGGACAUUGCUGAGAACAACCUCGGGGCUCGGGUGCUCGUGGUUAGCGCUGAGACAACCAUCCUCACAUUUCGAGCUCCCUUUGAGGGUGAUCCAGUCUACUUAUUGAGCAAUGCGAUCUUCGCUGAUGGUGCGGCAGCUAUGAUUGUCGGCGCUGCUUCGCCACACGGGACCACAGAAAGGCCAAUCUUCCAAAUCAUCUCCGCCUCGCAGUCGGUAUUGCCGGACUCUGACGGUAUGAUUGAAGGCCAUUAUGGCCUCGGUGCCACCAUGCAGGUAUCGGAGAAGGUGCCGGAACUGAUUUCUGCCAAUCUGGAGGGGAAUUUGAUCGAAGCUUUCGGCUCGAUCAAUGUUGCGGAUUGGAACUCCAUUUUCUGGGCCCCACAUCCCGGAGGGAGGCGGAUUCUUGACUACGUAGAAGAAAAAUUGGGAUUGGAUAAAGAGAGACUAAGAGCUUCAAGGCACGUGUUGGAAGAGUUUGGGAACAUGUUCAGCGCGUCGGUUAUCUUUGUUCUGGAUGAGAUAAGGAAAAAGUCGAUCCAGGAAGGGAAGUCAACGACGGGGGAGGGGAUGGAGCUGGGGGUGCUAUUAGGGUUCGGCGCCGGUAUCACCAUCGAGACCGUCGUCUUACGGAGUAUGUCCAUCGUUGACGGGUGA